AUGCAAUUUUUUCAUAUUUUAUUUUAUAUUCCAUGCUUAACUGUUAAGAGUUUAACUUCUGAGUGCUUUGAUUGCAUCGAGCAUGAAUUACUUUUUACAGCACAAAUACCAAAUUCCUCUUUCGCCUCGACGAUUUCAUUCUCUUUUCAGGUGGUCAUCUGCUUGAUCCUAUGCCUGCUCUAUUUGGUCGUUAUCCUACUCCUCUUCAUCGGCGUAUUCCGGAUGCCCACUCUUAACCUGGAAACACAAGGAUCAUCAACUUGUGGCACUUUGGUUUUGACCUCGUUCAUUGUGUACUCCAUCUUGACCAGCUGUCUGAUGGGCUUACGAUUCAUACUCAUCUGCAUGUUUGGGGCUUGCCAACCAUUUUGUUUCCGUCUAGCGCUCUCCAGCCUAGCUGGGAAACCAUCCGAUAGAGGCGUUUCAGCAUCAGCCACGGUCUUCGACAGGAACGGAAGAAGGAACCGCCACAAGGGUGGCGAUUUUGGCAAAUCAAGACAAGGAACUUUCGCUCAUUUCGCCAAUGAUGUAAUGGAUUCUAUUGCCAGUUCUUCAAGCGAUCCUGUGCUUGUUGCCUACGAAUUGGAGGCUGCAUCAUCAGCUCUACAUCCUGCAUUUUAUCAAGCAAAUUGCCAUUCUGGGCUGGUCAGGCUUCAGCGAACAUUUCGGGCUUUUGACAUUGCAGAAAGAUCACCCUUGAUUUAUGUGGAAGAUUAG